AUGCUUGUACCGUCAAAACCCCGUGGAUAUGAAUCCUCGAGCAGCACUUUCUAUCCAGUUGUCAUACUGGGCGCUGGCAUGGGAGGGAUCGGAAUGGCAUGCCAGCUGAAAAGCAAGCUAGGAGUUGAUCAGUUUCGUAUUUUUGAGCGCCAGUCCGGUAUUGGAGGGACGUGGUGGAUAAACAGAUACCCUGGUGUCGCGUGUGACAUUCCAGCCAUAUUCUAUUCAUUUUCGUUUUAUCAGAACCCCAAUUGGUCAUCGUUCUUCCCCACUGGGGAAGAAAUAUUACGUUAUCAGCAAUCUGUCGUCGAAAAAUAUGAGCUCAUUGACAAGAUACAACUCAAUUCUGAUGUUGAGCAUUGCCAGUGGGAUGACUCCAAGAACGAAUGGGAAAUCACUGUACGCCACUUAGUACCCGGUAUGGGAGAGCUAUCUGCGGCAGAACGGCAAAGAAUGGCAAAUAUUCAGGGCGCCAAUGCGGUCUAUGUCUCGUCAGAGAGAGUGCGUUGUAAAGUCCUUGUGAGCGCGGUUGGGGGUUUAGUAGAACCGCGCGGCUGGCCCUCAGACGUUGAAGGUCGAGAGACAUUUCAGGGUGAAAUUUUCCAUUCGGCAAGAUGGAAUAAGAAUGUUGACCUCGCCGGAAAGAACAUUCUCGUGGUAGGCACAGGCUGCAGCGCGGCUCAGAUUGUUCCCAAGCUCCUCACGGAGAGUGGUGCCAAAAAAGUGACCCAAGUUAUGAGAGAGGCACCUUGGGUUGUUCCAAGAUUGACACCGCCAUUGGGAGAGGAAGGCUGGAACAUGUUUGCGCCAAAACUAUUCAGGGUUGUACCAGGUUUGAUGGACUUGAUUCGCAAAAUUGUGGCUGUUCAGAUCGAUGCCACUUUUGCGUAUUUUGGGUCAUCAGAAUCCAGCCAACGGGCGCGAGAGAAGCUGCAAAAGGAUCUACUUAUUCACCUUCACAAGACAGCACCAAAAAAGUACCACCAAAUUCUCACGCCCAAUUACGAUGUGGGCUGCAAGCGCCGAAUAUUCGAUACCGAUUGGUACCCAAGUCUAGCGGAUCCUCGCCUCGAGCUCACUACUCUGGGUCUCAAAAGCAUAAACAACAAUACUGCAAUUCUAGCGCCAUCACAGAAGACACAUCCAUCGGAAGCCAAUCAAGACGAAAGAGAAAUACCCUGCGACGUUAUUAUCCUUGCCAACGGGUUCGAAGUAAGUAGGUGGUUCCACCCACUAACAGUUGUCGGCCUAAACGGAGAAAGUUUGGGCACCGUCUUUGAUAGCAGAGGGGGGCCUCAAAUGUACAAAGGGACUGCUUUAGAUGGGUUUCCAAACUUCUUUACCUUAUUUGGUCCCAAUUCCUUUAGCGGACACUCAAGUGUCAUCUUGGGUCUGGAGAAUCAGAUUACCCAUUCUAUUCAGCUAAUCCGUCCACUAUUGCAAAACGAGAUUUCCAAGAUAAACUUGAAGAAAGAAGCGGCACUGUCAUACAACCACGCAAUACAAGGCGCUUUGAAGAAUAUGGUUUGGAAUAGUGGCGGGUGUUCGAGUUGGUACCUCUCCAGCGAUGGUCACAAUUCAGUGAAUUAUCCACAUAGCAUGUUAUGGCAAACUUGGACUUGCCUCUAUCCUACAUGGUCCGAUUGGAAUAUUUCAUGGACUUGGCAAGGUCGCAGAAAGAUGAAUGUCCGAAGAUGCCAGCGACUCGCUAUAGUAGUCGCAGUUGCAUGCUUGUUCUUCAAUAAAGAAUGGCUAAACGUGUUUUCAAGAUUGAAAAGUAAUAAGAACUGGAAGAUGUAUUAA